CGCCCCGCGGGCAGCAGGUCGACGAGGACGGACCCGCCAAGGGGGCGGGGAAAAGCGAAAAAGACAGGCGAGACAGCAAAUCGAGACGCGGGCCACGAUCCGUCGCCCCAAUGGGCGCCGCGGAGGGCCGGGCUUAGUGGAGGAAGUGUCGGGGCGGAGACGGGCGUUGUCUUUUGCCUGCGAGAGUAUCGGGGUGCUGUCUUCUUGCUGUGGUGGCGCCACUAUUGUCUUCGGAAAGUUCAUAGCAAGGCGUUUUCCUGGUAUCGUCAGCGAAGGGGACGAGGAGAGAAGGACCUCCGACGUGCUGUGGUUCCGUGAUCGUUCGCCCCUAGACGCGACGCUUUUCCUAGUCAUGCUUGAGGAGCCAGUUAUUGAGUUGUCUGAAGCAGGAGAUUCUGGUGAAUCUCUUCUUGGGCAUGUAAUGAUUGUUGGCGAGAUGUGUGUUGCUCCCCUGGGCCUGACCAAUGGAUUCCGGAUGGUUGUGGAUGAAGGGCCCGAGGGUGGGCUCUGUCUAUCGCAUACAUCUACCCGUUCUGGGUGGCCGUCAGGUGGGCUGGCCGCCUGGCUAAGAUUUUGGCACCGCAAGAGUUGCUGCACGUGUACGAAUCGCCGCUGAAUGGAUUUCAUCUGUUGCCCAUCAAUCCAGCGGCUUUUGAUGAAUCACUUUUUUUUGCCGCGUGCCUGUGGAAGGUAAUAAAAGCUUUGAGCAGCAUUUGCACAAUAAAGAUUUGUCAUGGGGAUAUCA